GUUAAUUUCAAUAUUUCAGUAUGCCACAUUGGACCCUCUGAGCUUGAUGAUGAAUCAACUGUAGAUUUCGGACUUUGGUUCUGCAACGGAUGAUUUCAGAACUGAUUUGGCUAUUAGCAAGCAAAUAAUAAUACUCUCCUCCUCUUUGAAUGGUUUCUUGAUGGUGUUCUUCUUCAGCUUUUGCCACAUUUCGUUUAGCCCACAAAGCGCAAGUGCAGCCAUUUUCGAAGUCAUAGCUUAUGGGCCAAAAGGAGAUGGAAAUACAGACGACACUGUUGUAAACCACGUCUAUAAUUUUAAGCUUUCUUUUGAGCAUGGGUUGGUUUUUGUAACAACAGCCCGCGCAACCCCGACGAUGGUCAUGCCGCCAAGGAAGUUGUUUCAAAUAGGCCCUGUUACAUUCAGUGGUCCGUGCAAAUCCCCUGCAGUGAAUGUUCAGGUCCAAUGAUAUCUAAAAGAAUUUC